AGCUAGUAUAGAAUAUAGAGACCAUUCUACUGGUGUAUAAUUUAGUGAUUAGCACACGAUGGCGUACACCCACCCAUACGAUCCCUACCAACAACAGCAGGGGGCAUCUCUGACUGUAUCAGGGUACCCUACCGCACCCCAGGGAUUCGGUGGCGCACAGCAACACAGGCCGCAACAGUCUUCACAACAACCACAGCAAGGCCAGGCAGGUGAGUUCCCCCCGCAAUGGGCUGGACAACAAGUCCCACCACAGAACAUGCAGCAACAGCAACAGUAUCAGCAACAACAGCAGUACCAACAACAACAGUAUGUACAGCCCCAGGCAUACGCACAACAGUACCAACAACCUCAGGGCCAACCCAUGCCAUUUGGCGGUGGAUACGGUCAGCAGAAGGCCGGCAAGAGAGACAAUACAGGUAAAGAAGAACCUGGAAACAAGGUGUUUGUGGGAAACUUCCCUACUACCUGGACUGAGCUUGAGCUGCGACAGGUGCUUGCUGAGCAAGGACAAUUAACCGAGCUUACUAUACUAUUAGAUAGAAAUACCGGUGGUUCGCGUGGUUGCGCCUUUGCAUCCUUCACUACCAGAGAGUCUGUCGAGCGUUCUGUGGCCGAUUUGGAUGGCAAGAAGACUAUACAUGGCAUGUCUGUGCCCAUGAAGGUCAAGCUUGUCACUGCCAAGAACGGCGACACCAACAAAUUAUUCGUAGGACUACUGGACCGCAAUAUGGGUGAAGCUGAGCUUAAGGCCAUGUUCCUGCCGUACGGCGAGAUCGAACACGCCACCGUUCUACGCACACCUACUGGUGCCAGCAGAGGGUGUGGGUUCGUUCUCAUGUCCACCACACAUGAAAGUCAGGCUGCUAUCGCCGCACUACACGAGAGUGUUACCCUGCCCGGCAAUGUGUACCCUAUGGUGGUGAAGUUCGCUGAUACCGACAGACAAAAGCAGGCAAAGAAAGCCAUGAACCAAGUACCACAACAACAACAACAACAACAAAACGGCUGGUACGGCUACCCUCAAGUGCAGGGUAUGUAUGGACAGCAAAUGGCCAUGCCCAUGCCGCAGUACAUGCCCCCAGUCUCUGGCGGUGCUGACGCAGGGCCCGAGGGAGGUAAUCUGUUCAUCUAUCACCUGCCCCAAGAUUGGACCGAUGCUAUGCUCAUGCAAGCAUUCAGUCCUUUCGGCAGAAUUGUGAGCGCGAAGGUGUUUAUCGACAAAGCAACUGAAUUAUCUAAGGGGUUCGGAUUUGUCAGUUAUGACAAUGCAACGUCAGCUAGUACAUCAAUCCAGGCUAUGAAUGGUUACCAAGUUGGCAACAAACGCCUAAAGGUCCAAUACAAGAAGCCUCGCGCGCCUAAGAGCUUUUAAUUUACACCAGGAUGUACAUGAACGAACAUAGAAAUUGCGUUUAUAGAUAUAUAUUCUAGCGGGCGGUUAGUUUUUGGGAGUGAGUAUAUCGGGUCUGUGUGGUUUUCAAUAUUUAAAGACAGUUUAUUCUAUAU